AUGGCCAACGAGUCUCGCAAGCAGCUUUUGGCUGAUAUCAGAAGCAUGCGCGCAAAGAACGAGUUGUCUGACCUCGUAAUUACCUGUGGUGAGGACAAGUACUGCGUGCACAAGGUCAUUGUCUGUUGUCGCUCGACUGUGUUCGCUAAAGCCCUUGAGUUUCCUGGAAAGGAGGCCGAAGAAAAAUGCAUCGAUCUUUCCGACAAUGAGCCGGCUAUCGUCAAGCUACUGAUACAGUACCUCUACGAGGCUGAGUUUGAUCCUGCUCUUCCGUCACCCGAAAUGGAAACCGAAAACAACAUACCGCCUCAGGAUACCCCACAUACAUGUUCGCGAAAAGACAAAUACCAGUGCAGUAAAGCUUCUCGGUACCGCCAAGUUUGUCCGCAUCACUAUUGCGGUAGUCAGUGCGACUUUGAUUGCUCUGAAUUCUCCUGCGGCGAGUGCUCAAGCUCUGCCGUGGAUGGCGCUGGUCACUUACUGGUUUUUGCCAAGAUGUAUGAGAUGGCAGACAAAUAUGAUGUGGCCGGCUUGAAGGACCUUUGCGUCGAAAAGUACAAGCGCGCCUGCCUCAAGUUCUGGGAUGACCCUAAAUUCGCGCAAUCCGCCUACCACGUGUACUGCACUACGCCUUCUCGAGACAAGGGACUCCGCAACAUUGUCUGCAAGACCCUGUCUGACCACAUGAGCCUUCUCGAGAAGCCUGAGAUUGAGGACCUCAUGACGGAGUUCAAUGGGCUUGCAUUUGGCUUGCUCUUUGACAAGGCUAAACAAUCUGGCUGGUGCGACAAGUGA